CAGUUUUUGGGAAACAAAUGGAAAAAGAAAAGUGUGGUGCUCGGUCGAGUGCGGAGGCUUUGGGCCUGCGGGUCGGGAGAAAGAUUUGCUCCGCAUCCCCAUGGAGGACAGAAGCGGCGAUCGUGGCACAGAUGGCCACUCCAUCAUCGCCGACUUCGGAGCCCAUGGCAAUCAACAGUUCCAGCAACAUCCGGCACGGCAAUGUCGUGCGUCUCCAUCGGGGCGAUGCAAGCCACACCUCCGACUGCUCCGUGCUGCACCAGCAGCAAAAACAACAACUUCAGCAUCAACAUCCGCACGGUAAUGUUAUGCGUCGGCAUCGGGGCAAUACCCACCACACCUCCGACUGCUCCGUGCUGCACCAUCAGCAGAACAACAACAACACCAUCAGCAGAACGACAACAACAUCCGGAACUGCCAUGUGGUGCUUCGCCAUCGGUACAACACCAGCCACACCCCCGGCUGCUUGGGAAGUUCUGCACCAGCAGCAGAACAACAACAACGCCAGCAGCAGAACAACAACAACUCCAGCAGCAGAACAACAACAACUCCAACAGCAGCAUGGCCUGGCCGUCGAGUGUUUCGGAGGCAACUACGAGGCAGACAGUGGGACCAUGCAUGGUUCCCAGUAAGGUGCCAGUCGGACGAGAGCCUUCAACUCGUUUGUCGUUCAAUAAUAUCCGGGUUACUGAGGACAAAUAUAGAAAGUUGGAACCUAUUGCCAAGAGGAGCAGGUAAACUUUAAUUGUUGUGCUAUAUUAUGAUGCGAUAUUUACGGUCCAUUCUGUCAGUGCCGUUCCAGAGAAUCCCAAGAAGAGCGUGCCGAUGAAUGAGUGGACAAUUAACCGCAACAUAUUUACGGAGAAAUCCCUGAAAAAUACAGCAGCUGGAAGAGCUCAUUUUUUUCUAAAACUAUGUCCGCAAUUAGAAAUAUGUGCUACUCGAUGACUUCAGUCACCUUUGGGACAGCUGAGAAACGGUAGUAAUUUUGUACACUAAUUGUCAAACAAAUCAAUCAAGUUUUCUUUGAUUUUCCAGACAAAGUGUUCUAACAUACAUUCAGCCGGAAGAUUGUUUGUCGGGCCAGAAAAGGACGAUUUCAGAGGAAGCCUGACCUAAAGGAACGAUUUUUGAGACGAUCUGAAAUCUGACGUGAAUGUUGGAGUCGGAGUAACUGGUGCACCUGGGGCAAUAAUUUUCCGGAACGAGUUUCUCACUUACUCCAUCCGCCCACCUUUGGUAAAAUUUCUUGCAUGUUUGAAUUUGAUCGGUUCAAAUAUGAUUUACAUUAAAAUUGAGAUUUUCAUUGAUAAAAACUUAACAGAAAUAAAUAAUUUCCGCUUAUUAACACCAUUGCGUUAAUGCAUUGAUCUUUUGUAUUUAAUUCGGAAAAUCUUCUCAGCUUCAAAAAAAGGUCCCUGCUUUUUUCUUUUCGGAAAACGGUUAUUUUACAACCAUUAUCCAGCUCUAGCAAACGGUUGAAAAAUAACCAUAAUCCAAGUUCUCCGUGAAAUCUCAUUUUAUGAGUUUUCAGUGAAAACUCAUAAAACGACUUGAUCCACAAAACUUCGAUUAUGGUUAUUUUUCAAACAUUUAUGGUUCAAUAUG